AUGAAUAAUAUUCCCUUUCCUCAUCUUUGUUCACUCAUCUUCUUUGUGAUUGGAGCCUGCAACCAACACUACCUAUCUGUCUAUCUUCUACUGUUCAUUAUCUAUCUAUCUAUCUAUCUAGUACUGUUCAGUAUCUAUCUAUCUAUCUAUCUAUCUAUCUAUCUAUCUAGUACUGUUCAUUAUCUAUCUAUCUAUCUAUCUAGUACUGUUCAGUAUCUAUCUAUCUAUCUAUCUAUCUAUCUAUCUAGUACUGUUCAGUAUCUAUCUAUCUAUCUAGUACUGUUCAGUAUCUAUCUAUCUAUCUAUCUAUCUAGUACUGUUCAGUAUCUAUCUAUUUAUCUAUCUAUCUAUCUAUCUAUCUAUCUAGUACUGUUCAGUAUCUAUCUAUCUAUCUAUCUAUCUAUCUAUCUAGUACUGUUCAGUAUCUAUCUAUCUAUCUAUCUAUCUAGUACUUACUGUUCAGUAUCUAUCUAUCUAUCUAUCUAUCUAUCUAUCUAUCUAUCUAUCUAUCUAGUACUGUUCAGUAUCUAUCUAUCUAGCACUGUUCAGUAUCUAUCUAUCUAUCUGUCUAGUAAUGUUCAGUAUGUAUCUAUCUAUCCACCUUGUACUGUUCACUAUCUAUCUAUCUAUUUAGUACUGUUCAUUAUCUAUCUAUCUAUCUCUCUAUCUAUCUAUACUAUUCAUUAUCUAUCUCUCUAUCUAUCUAGUACUAUUCAUUAUCUAUCUAUCUAUCUAGUACUAUUCAUUAUCUAUCUAUCUAUCUCUCUAUCUAUCUAUCUAGUACUGUUCAUUAUCUAUCUAUCUACCUUGUACUGUUCCCUAUCUAUCUAUCUAUCUAUCUAUCUAUCUAUCUAUCUAUCUUGUACUGUUCCCUAUCUAUCUAUCUAUCUAUCUAUCUAUCUUGUACUGUUCCCUAUCUAUCUAUCUAUCUAUCUAGCACUGUUCAGUAUCUAUCUAUCUGUCUAUACUGUUCAUUAUCUAUCUAUCUAUCUAUCUACCUUGUACUGUUCACUAUCUAUCUAUCUUGGCCUACAUGUACACUAUCUAUCUAUCUAUCUAUCUAUCUUAAACUAUUUGUAUAUGUCUAUCUAUCUAGGACUGGUCAUUAUCUAUCUAUCUAUCUUAAACUAUUUGUAUAUGUCUAUAUAUCUAGGACUGGUCAUAUCUAUCUUACACAUUCUCUCUCAUAUAUGUACACAUCUACACUCUUCUCCAACCCCACAUAUGGAUGCUUUUUUCUCUCUUAAACAUAUACUUUCUCUCUCUCUCUCUCUCUCUCUCUCUCUCUCUCUCUCUCUCUCUCUCAUGCACAGUGGUGUUGAUAUUAAUGUCCCUUAUAUGGUGUUCAUAUUUAGUGUCUCAUAUGGUGGUGAUAUUAAUGUCCCUUAUAUGGUGUUCAUAUUUAGUGUCUCAUAUGGUGGAACAGAAGACAACAAGAGGGGAAGAGGGAGACAGCGCAUAAGCUUUCUCUCUCUCUCUCUCUCUCUCUCUCUCUCUCUUUAUCUAUCUCUCUCUCUUUAUCUAUCUAUCUAUCUAUCUAUCUAUCUAUACCCGGAUCACACACCUCUUCGAUGUUUGAAGGAGUAA